AUGUGGCAAUCACAGGGAAAGAGUUCUAGAACAUAUUGCCAUAAUUUUAAGUAGUUUUCCUUUUUCACCAUCCAUUAGCAAACAGAAAUUAGUUAGAUGUUCAUAGUGUGGGACUCAUUCCUAUUUAUCUGAAUCUAAGACAUAUUGUGGAGGUGUUUUGACAUUGGAAAGUGUCAUCGUGAGAGCGCAACAACAACAACACGGUGUAUUGUACUGUGAGUGUGAAGGAAAACUAAAGGAAAAUGGUUUUAGCAGACCUUGGAAGAAAAAUUACCUCGGCCUUAAGGGGUUUGAGCAACGCCACAAUCAUAAAUGAAGAGGUAUUAAAUAGCAUGCUGAAGGAGAUAUGUGCAGCCUUAUUAGAAGCUGAUGUCAAUAUCAAGUUGGUCAAAGGACUCCGAGAGAAUGUCAGGUCUGUAAUAGAUUUUGAUGAAAUGGCAGGUGGACUGAAUAAAAGAAGAAUGAUUCAGUCUGCUGUGUUCAAGGAACUUGUCAAGCUUAUUGACCCUGGUGUGAAAGCAUGGCAGCCAACCAAGGGCAAACCCAAUGUGAUCAUGUUUGUGGGCCUUCAGGGCAGUGGCAAGACAACCACAUGUACUAAGCUGGCAUACUACUACCAGAAGAAAGGUUGGAAGACCUGUCUGAUCUGUGCCGACACAUUUAGGGCUGGGGCGUUCGACCAGCUUAAACAGAACGCCACAAAGGCCAGAAUACCCUUCUAUGGAAGCUACACAGAAAUUGACCCUGCUGUCAUAGCUGCAGAUGGUGUGGAUAAGUUUAAAGAUGAAGGGUUUGAAAUCAUCAUCGUGGACACAAGCGGCAGACAUAAACAACAAGAAUCAUUGUUUGAGGAAAUGUUACAAGUGUCAAAUGCUGUUAACCCAGAUAAUGUUAUAUUUGUGAUGGAUGCCACUAUUGGACAGGCUUGUGAAAGUCAGGCUCGAGCAUUUAAAGAGAAAGUAGAUGUAGCUUCCGUAAUUAUAACGAAACUAGAUGGCCAUGCCAAGGGAGGAGGUGCUCUUAGUGCUGUGGCCGCUACUAAGAGUCCCGUCAUCUUCAUCGGUACUGGAGAACACACCGACGAUUUUGAACCAUUCAAAGUACAGCCAUUUGUCAGCAAGCUCCUAGGUAUGGGCGACAUUGAGGGGCUGAUUGACAAAGUGAAUGAGUUGAAGUUGGAUGACAAUGAAGAACUGAUGAAGAAACUCAAGCAUGGUCAGUUUUCUUUGAGAGACAUGUAUGAACAGUUUCAGAAUAUUAUGAAGAUGGGGCCAUUCAGUCAGAUAAUGGGUAUGAUUCCAGGCUUCAGUAAUGACUUCAUGACCAAGGGCAGUGAGCAGGAGUCCAUGGCUCGGCUAAAAAAGCUCAUGACCAUUAUGGACAGCAUGAACGAUGAAGAACUAGACAGUUUGGACGGAGAGCGUCUAUUCACACGACAGACAGGGCGCAUUCAGCGAGUUGCAAGAGGCGCAGGUGUCUCGUCACGAGAGGUCAGCGAACUUCUAACUCAGUACAAGAAGUUUGCUCAAAUGGUGAAGAAAAUGGGAGGUAUCAAGGGUCUUUUCAAAGGAGGUGACAUGACAAAGAAUGUGAACCCAGCCCAGAUGGCUAAACUGAACCAGCAAAUGGCCAAGAUGAUGGAUCCAAGAGUCCUACAACAAAUGGGUGGAAUGUCCGGUCUCCAGAGCAUGAUGCGACAAUUUCAACAGGGAGCCGCUGGGAAGUUUGGAGGCAAUAUGUUUGGAGGUGUAGGAGAUCGGUGACCUAACUGGACAUUGCCACUAAUUGUUUGGGAUCCUCGUUUAUCAAUUGCCUAACAGGCAGAUAUAUGAUAUAAGAACUACGUCAAAAAAUUAAAACAGGCAGAUAUAUGAGAUAAGAACUAUGUCAAAAAAUUAACUACAUGUACCUUCAGUGCAUGAUAACUGUUGCAAGAAAUCACUGUGUGAGCCGUGAAAUGGCAACAAUUCCACAUGAGGGAAUGACGAAAAAAAAAAAAGUAAGAAAACAACAGUCAGAAAAUUUUCAAGCCACACAACUGUUAAAUAGGUACUGCCAUCAAGGGCAAUAACUCUGGUGGUGAUACAGGUUGUCUUUUGGCUUACUGUUGUUAAGUUAUAUGUAAAUAAUAUAUCGUGUCAGAUAUCAUAAUGGGGCCCUUUCUGGCUCAGAUGGUUAAAUGCUCACUGCCACUGUCAGGCACUUGACCAAUGAGGUCUGGUGUUCAAAUCCUGCUCUCACUGCGGGGCUAUGGUUUCAGUCAGGAGGUUUGUCAGGUGCCUGCUGAAGGGUGGUUCACUCCAGACGCUCCCAUUUCCUCCGCCUUUAAACCUGGCUGGCAUUGCAAAAGUGAAGAGUUCCUCAGUGCCGUGUUACAGUAACUAAAUAUUGGUCAUAAUGCCGUGUUACAGUAACCAAAUAUUGGUCAUAAUGCCAUGGGUUUUUUUUUUACGAUGACCGAUCUUAAGAGUCUGUCAAAAGUGAAAUGCAAACUAAAAAAUCUGUUGUCAUUAAUAAAAAGAUUAGUUAGGCCUAUGUACCUGUAUAGUGUUAAGAAUAUUUGUGGUUUAAAUAUGGAUAAGGGUUCUUUUCAGUGCUGUAACUGUAAUUAUUUACCUUGACGAAAUUAAUGAAAUGAAGAAAAUUAUCUUAAAGCAAAAGAUGGAGGAUCACAAAUACAUCUAAAAAAUUGUGUAGAAUUUUGUAAUAAAUAUUCAACAUAUAA